AUGGAAGCUGAUCUUUCCUGUGCUGUUUGCCAUGAUCUGUAUAAAGAUCCUGUCUUAAUCGACUGUGAUCACAGCUUCUGUCGAUCCUGUAUAACCCGGUACUGGGAGAAAGCUGACACUGCCUCCUGUCCCAUCUGUAGAAAAGAGACUUCAUCUUGGGAUUUGAGAGCGAUCCAUGUCCUCUCCAACAUCGUGGAGGCAUUUAUAAAAAGUGAUAAAGGUGAUAAAAUUCAGCAGGAGUGCAGCCGUCACGAGGAGAAGCUGAAGGUUUUCUGUAAAACUGACAAUCAGCCCAUCUGUGUCAUUUGUCAGAUUUCAAAAAAUCAUCAAAACCACGAGAUGCUGCCAGUGGAAGAAGCUACUGAAGAGGUUAAGGUGAGGAGCGGCGGGCCCCGUUUCUGUGGCGGGGGUCGGUUCUCCACCCGCCGCCUUCCAAGGAAGGAACUGCAAUGCUUACUAACUCCAGUCCAGAACAAGAAGAAGGAAUGGAACUCUGUAAAAAGUGAUUAUGAGAAAACAUUAACCCACAUUCAGGACCAAAGUGUAAAGACAGAGAAACAGAUUACAGCCGAAUUUGAAAAACUGCACCAGUUUCUCCAUGAGGAAGAGAGAAUCGUGUUGGAAGAUCUGAACCUGGAGAAAAAGAAAAAGAGUCAGGAGAUGAAGGAGAUGAUUGAGAAGAUAACGGAGGAAAUCUCAUCACUUUCACUCACUGUUUGGGAUAUUGAACAAGAGCUGAGUGAACAGGACAACAUCAAGUUUUUAACGAAAUUUCCAGGUAUACAGGAAAGAGUGAAGCGAACUCUCCCAGAGCCACAGAAGGUUUACCCUUUAAUAAAUGUGGGGAAGUACAUUGGGUCUCUACAGUACAGAGUGUGGAAAAAGAUGCUGACGGUGAUUAAUACAGCUCCAGUGACCUUCGACCCUAAUACAGCCCAUCCUAAACUUCUCCUGUCUGAGGACCUGAGCUCCGUGAGAAACAUUGGGAAAUGGCAGCAGUUCCCCCACAAUCCAGGUCGAUUUGAUUCCUGUCCUUGUGUCCUGGGAUCAGAGGGAUUCACAUCAGGGAAACAUACCUGGGAGGUGGAGGUGGGGAACAAGAUUGAAUGGGUUGUGGGUGUAGCCAAGAAGUCCAUUAGUAGGGAGGGGAAAAUCACCCUGGAUCCAGGUAACGGAUACUGGACAAUGAUGCUGAGAGAGGGGAAUAAAUACUGGGCUAAUAAUUGGCUAGAGCUGAGUGUGAAGCCAAGAAAGAUUCGAGUCUGUCUGGAUUAUGAGGCAGGGAAGGUGUCCUUUUACAAUUCAGAUAACAAGUCCCAUAUCUACACUUUCACUGGUACAUUCACUGAGAAACUCUAUCCUUACUUCAGUCCAUUUCUCACUGAUGGGAGUAAAAACACAGAACCACUGAAAAUCUGUCCCCGGACAGUAAUAAUCCAGGAGGAUGAAGGUUUUAUCUCUUCAUCCAAAUAAAGACUGUUUCUUGUGUGUGGGUGGGGGAGGGUGGGGGUUGCUCCUCUGUAGAUGAGGGGCUGGUGUCCUUCACAGAUCCUACCCCCCUCCCAUUAUCACACACUGUCAGCAGGGGUCGUCCAUUCCUCAGGAGGAUGAGAUGGAUCCCUCUGGUCCAGCCUGUACCUCCCGGGGAUGUGUGAGGACCCCUGCCUGAGAUAUGGUUUACCUAUAGAAAUACAGUCAGAUCUGGGUUAAGUUUCAUGUCACAGCUGUUUAAAGAAGUAAUGAGCAGUUUGGGGAUAAAACAGUUUAAGUCAACAGCUUAUCAUCUGGACUCAGAAGCAGCUUUGGAAAGAUGGCAUCAAACUUUAAAAACUAUGAUAAGAGCAUACUGUCAGAAUUAUGCACAAGAUUGGUAUACAAGAAUUCCACUUUUGUUAUUUUGUUAUUAGAGAUUAUCCUAAUGCAUUCAACUGAUUUUAGCCCUUUUGAGCUAGUUUAUGGUCAUGAGGUAAGGGGACCACUGAAAUUGAUUCAUGAGAAAUUAAUGGGUCAAAAUUCAGAAUAUACUCUCCUAGAUUAUAUAUCAAAUUUUAGAGAAAGAUUGAGCAGUGCACGUGAGUUGGCAAGGGAACAUUUAAAGUUCUCACAGCAAGUGAUAAAAGUGAAAGCAGAUAAGAAAGCUAAAAUUCACAGUUUUCUUUCUGGAGAGAAAGUAGUCCUUCUGUUACCAGUUCGAGGUGAUUAAUUAAAUGCAAGAUUUACUGGGCCUUACAGGAUUGAAAAGAAAUUGAGUGAAGUUAAUCAUUUAAUAAAUACACCAGAUAGAAGAAAGAAGAUAGGGUAUGUCAUGUAAAUAUGCUUAAAAAGUACUUUAACAGAGGAACAA